CUCGCCUCGUCGUCCCUGGAGCCCGCUCAUGGGUGACACUGGACCGGAUGGCGUGCUACUACCUUGUGAUCAGCUCCUCGCACCUCAGCAAUGGACACUACCGGAGCAUCAAAGGAGUUUUCCGGGGUCCGCUCUGCAAAAACACCGGAGGCGAAUCACCGGACUAUGCUGAGAAAGAAAAAGCCAUAGCAAAAGCCCUGGGGGAUUUGAAAGCUAACUUCUAUUGUGAACUUUGUGACAAGCAGUACCAUAAACAUCAGGAGUUUGACAACCACAUCAACUCCUAUGACCAUGCACAUAAACAGAGGCUGAAGGAGUUGAAGCAGAGAGAAUUUGCACGCAAUGUCUCCUCUAAGUCCUGGAAAGAUGAGAGGAAGCAGAAAAGAGCGCUAAAACAACUACACAAGCUCGCUCAACUCAAACAGCAGAGAGACAGUGAUGAAUGGAAAGGUCCGAAGUUAAGGUCAACAAACAAAAAUAAGGAUAAAGUCAUAAUCACCUCUGCUGGCAGUAGCAAGUUUAACACUAAACCAACUAUAUUCUCGGCCCAAGACACAAGUCCUAUCUCCACAAACAUCUCAUUGAAAGGCUUGUCCUCCACUCAUUUACCAACACAUCUGGAGCCGUGCCACAAAAAACACUCAUCACCAUCAACGUCCUCUGCAGGAUACCAGAGCCCCAGGGCAGGGGUCUCAUUCUGUUUCUCCCGGCGAGCUCAACUGAAGCUUGACUCUUGUGCAUCUGUGUUCAUCGAUGGGGUUGAGGAGGCCAAUGACUACCAGGAGCUCCAUCGCCACAGGCAGAAACUCGCCCUGGAGGCCCUCUGGUCCUGCUCAAGCUCUCCCAAAAUCCCAGGUAAGGAUGACCAGGAUCUAUCCCAUGAUCCUCCAACUCUGGGCUGGGCAGAUGGGGACAUGCAAACACAGCAAAUGGAAGCACAAGAAGAACAUGUGGAGGCCCUUGAAAUUCAGGCAAAAUACAGCACAACAGAGCCAGAGAAGCUGGUGCAUCCUGACUCACACAGUCCUGAAGCAGACAGGGAGCCAGCUGGUUCAGAGGACAGACUGGUUGAUGGGGGGCAGAGGCCCAGGGCAAAGGGGGCUUAUAGGGGAUCAGAGGAGAGAGAAUGCCUCAAGUGCCCCGGCCCUACUGUUUACACAGAUGGACAGGGUACCGUGGCCCAAAGCCAACUUCAAAUACACAAAAGCUCACACCAACACACAAAGAAAGUCAACAAACAGGGUAUUAUGCAGAACAGGGAGGACUGUAUAUCAGAAAAAGAGACAGAGGAGGAUAACAUCCACUCAAACUGCAAGGAUGAAAAUACACAUCAGAGAAAUGAGGCUCCAAUUUCUUUCCUGAAUGUAUUCAGCAAGGAUGGGAGUAUGCUAAAAUGGCCUUCUGAGCUGGUGCAGUACACCACUUAUGAGCCACGUGUAUCAUACAGCUGCAACCGCCUCUAUUUUUAUUCCAAACACAGGGAGGGCAGAGAGAAAAGCACAAAGACUGAGGAGAAAGAUCUCAGCACUGAUAACAGGCUCACAGGCCAGAAUGACAAACCUGGGCCACAAACACAGGAUGUUCUUAGAGAUAAAUUAGGCAUUUUAAAACCAAAGAGACCCAAGCACAGGAGAAAGGGGAAAACUCGUAGGCAUGAAUUAGACACUAUCAGGACCCAGAAAGUGGGCUGUGCAUUUAAAACAUGCUCACAGACAGAAGCCAGAGGACGCUUUGAAUUCCAAAGUGCUCCAACCGACACAUCACAAAACAAGCAAGCAUACACCGAGAAGAGGCACAAGCUUGGGAAGAGGAGACGAUCAGUGAGAGAUGAGACUUCAAAUGAAAGUGACACCCCAGAGCACAGCCUGAAAAGCAUUGUUGUAAGCUCGCUUUCAGCCCCGGCACGUAAAAGGAAGAAAUGUCAAACAAUGGGGGGGAUGGUGUCUGCUCUGGGUUUGGUGAGGCGGAGGCCUUCUCCAUACUCUGUUCACCACACAACAGGAAGAGACGAUAAUUAUAGGUGGUAUGACAAUGCCUUGGAGUCUAAAAGGGAUGCUGCCUCAACUCCCAACUGUGAGAAAUCUGGGUCGUGGAGUGGCCUGUCAGACUUGACCUUAGAUGGAGAUUGGCCUUUGUACCACAUGGGGAGAUGCUCCACCUCACCAAGAUCAAGCUAUUCUUACCCUUGGAGAAAGGAACACAGCCACUCCAGGUCUUGCAUUAGAAAUUCCUCUUAUAAUGUUCCACGCUACAGUUAUAGGCACAUGUCAGAUAGUCUGUGCAGAGAUGUUGAACAUACAGGAGACUGUUGGGAUUACUCAGACUCUUACAUAUACAAUAAACAGCAGUAUUCAGCAGGUUGUAACAGCUCAAAGCUGAAUGAGAGGUACAGCGUCAUACAGCACAAAAGAUUUCUUGAGGAAAAUAAAUACAGAGAGCACAGAAUUCCAGAUAGAUGCAGGCAGUUGUUUUAUAGAGUCUAUGACAGUCCUGAACCUCAGGAGGAUGUCAGAGACUGGUGGUCCGAAAGACUUGGCCCUAUAGAGAGGAGACAAAAGGAAAGAGAAGCACUUCCCUGGUCAAGUCCAGAGAGAAGUAUAGACAGGUGGUAUGACAAGCCAGCAUCCAUCCGUAGCCCCAGUUCCUCUAGUAUUACUAGCAUCUCUGACCUCAGUGGGGACUGGACUUGUAACUCUCAUAUUAGGCCAUCUCCCACUGGACAGAGCCAGAAACAUUGCAAUCAUUCGACAGAGAGAUUGUUCAAAACCAAGGCCUCCCAUUCUCCUCUUAUAAAGAGAAGUCAUUCACCUCCAUUAGCUAAAAGUAACACUUCUGCUCAGCAUAAUUUCUUAAAAUCAGGUGUAGAGCAGGAAGAUAUUACACACAAAACUCAAAACACGUCAGAGUCAAAAGAUCAGAGAACAUCGUUUGAGAAGGAUCUUAAAGAAAAGAAAGCAAGUGCCACUCUUUCACUUCCACUGAUUGGUAAAUUACCCUCCAUUAAGAAAGGAGCAAGAAAAACUGGGUUAAAUAAAGAGUCAAGUGGCAAUAUUAGUAACCAGUUUCAAACAUCUACAACUGUCCCAUCAAAAUCACAAGUUAUAUCUCAGAUUGAUAGUAAGGCUCCAGAAAACUUUCAGCACACAGAGGGGCAAAAUCCCAAUGCAUCCCAAGCUUGUCUUGAAAUUACCAACCAGGAUAGAUCAGCAGACACUUGUACUGCUGGAACAACUCUGGACCAAGACAGGUCUUCGUCAAAAAAACUUCACUUCAUAGACCAAAAGGACAAUGCAGAAGUGGCAAGUAUUGACUGUCCAAAAUGCACCACUCCUCCCCUUUCUGAACAACCAAUCACUUUCACCGAGGAAGAGAUUGAGAAGUACAAACUUCUCCAGUUCCAGGCCCAGCAACACAUGCAGCAACAGCACCUUCAAGAGAAACAUGAACUACAGCAAAUACCUGUAGACAUGAGCCAUAUACCAGUACUAACUCCAGAACCCCCCGAUCAGACUACACUUUCAGCCUGUCUUCCAUACAGCAUACUCCAUUCCUCACCUGCUUCUCCACCCUCUUCCAUUGCACCUCACCAUUCCUCUGUCACUCUACUCCAUCCCCUUAAUCCUUCUCUUUCUCAGCCCCACUUCGCCCCUCCACUUCCUGCUGCAUUCUUUCCAGCACCUCCUGCCACAGUGUUGGCAGCUCACCCCCUCCACCUGAUCUCAGCCUCAUCCCUCCACCCUGUUCACCCUCAACAUCACGUUUCUGGAUUAGCUCUUCACCCUCUGCCUCCCACCUCUCUGCUUCCCACCAUGCUCAGUCCAAUGCCCAUGGCUGCUGCAGCUGCUGCUGCUGUUGCUGCUGCCAGCACUCUGCAGAUUCACCCCCUUCUACACCCUCUGUUCCACAGCCAGGACCUUCAACGCCACUCUGGACCAACUAGUUAGUCAAUAUGAGAGAGCAAAGAAAAAGGAAACAAAGAAAGAGUAAAAAACAAACAGUAUUUGUGACAUUAAAACUCCUAAAAGGCCCCACCAAUUGGGCUGUGAACUUUCAGAUGUUUAGGUUCUAUUCAAAGUUUUCGCCAAAGUUCAUGUUGAGUAGUUUGAGUAAUUUGUUUGUUUCAUCUGUCUGUGUUGCAGUGCUGACCAACUCAAAUAUAGAGGUAUUUUUACUUUGUCAUUUGCUGUUGCACUCUUUAUACCCCCGUCAUCUCUGUGCAUUAACACAGAGCUGAACCUCUC